CAGCACCCUUCCUUGUUUCAACUCACACCUACCACCUUGUUUCUACUCGUACCUCACUUACCUGCGCAACUCUGCGCAGCACCCUUCAUUGUGACGAACAGAGGCAAGCAACAGUCCGCGGCGGCGAGCAACUGCGAGCGAUGGAGAUCGGCGAAGGUGUGGUGACGAGUGGCAGCAAGCGGCAAGCGGCGGAGGAGUUUAGGUUCAGAUCUAUUUGGAAUUAAGGUUGGCAUUCGUAUAAUACUGUUGGCAUCAGUGAGGGCAACUACGAGAACUGCACUUGUGGGGGCCGGAUCCGCAUAGGCGGCAUUUGGAUCUGCGGAAACGGUCAGAUCUACGGCGGUGGUGGGCAGAUCUACGGCGGCGAUGGCCAGAUCUGAACCGGCGGCAACCAAAUGUGCAGCGGUGGUCAAUUCUCCGGCGACCGGCGACUGGUGACCGGCAACCGACGACUGGAGACUGGCGACCGGCAGAGUCUCAGAUACAACGAUCAAAGGUGUUUUGUAACAAAAUGGGAGAUAAUUAAUCACAUGCUUCAAGAGUCAAAAGGGCAAGGUGGAAGCCGGUGCAAUCAUAUACAUGCGGUUGAGGUACUUGGACACAUUUGAGUGUGAUGAAAAGAAGAAAAUAAAAGUUCUAGUUGAAGGUUAAUAAAAGAGAAGUUCCUUUGAAAGCAAAUGAGAAGAAAAAUUGGAGAAAAGAGAAGGAAAGUAAAAAAUGACCUCUGGGAUUCGAACCCAGGUCAUAGGAAAGAUAGCAGAUGGAAUCAACCAGCGAACCGAUUGUCAUUAUUGUUAAAGUCAGCUGGCAGUUACAAUAUUACUCCAGUUCUCCGCGCAGCAAAGAAAAGAAAACAAAUAAGUCGAAGCCAGAAUCGAACCCGCGACCUCAAAAAUGGCUUAAGCACUUCGUCCGCUGCACUGCUACGCGUUAUUGGUAGUUGGAUGCGUUUUCUUGUACAUAUACUCUUCGGUCUCGUAAAUUCCAGCAAAUUAAUGAUUAAUCACCUUAUCAUUAUAUAGCCUAAUCCAUCUCCUUACACACAUAAUCUCGAGACAACUUCUCUCUACACCUCCCAGAAUCAUUUCCUCCUCCUCUCUUCAUUCUUCACCUCCAAAUCAUCAACCAAUCUUCAACAUCAAUUAAUCACUUUCUCAUUCAAGAUUAAGUCAAGAUUAGCACCAAGCUCCAAGGAUUGUCAUCUAUCACAAGGCAAAAAAGAGUGAGUCUGAGGAAUGGAUAGUGAAAAGUUGAAUGGAGUUGAUGAUAUCAAAUGGCUUUGCUCACUAAACGAGACUGAACUUGAUUUCCUAAUGAGUUUGAAAGUGAUGCUUCUCAGACGAGCAAAACAAAUGGGUUCCAAAGCUUUAGCCAAAAAGUUUGAUUUAAAGUUUCUCCGCGCUCUCGGUUUUAUUUUCAUUAACAAACUUAAAGGACACCUUCAAAGUUCUAUUGGGUCGUCAUCCUCCUCGUCUUUGGAUAAUUGUAAAUUGCUAAAGUUUGAUAUUGACACGUGUUUCAAAAACUUGAGCAUUCAAGAGUUGGACACGUAUAUUUGCACUGAAAAGAGGAAAAGAUCAGUGCUUUCCAUGUUGUUGGAAGACAUGCCUCCCGGCCAGAAGCGGAGAAGCUAGAGGAAUUUAUAAUGAGAAUAUGGAUGGGUAAAGUAAACCGCAACCGCCGUAUAUAUUAAUUAUGGCUGGAUGGAUUGGUCAUGUCAAACGGCUGGCUUUUGUAUUCGGUGUACAACGCCCGCCUAUAUAUUUUGGCUUUUUUGAUGGAUGUCACUUAAUUAAGUGCUUGGGAAAUUUUCACAAAUGGCUAAAAUUUGAAAGUAAUAUCAGUUUUAUCAUCUCCGAAAGUGUUUUUCAAAA